CUGGAUUAUUUCGUCAGUGGACAACAGGCGCGUGACAGCGCGCAGAGCUGACGGGACUUUUGGAGAGACAACAGACGCGCCGACUCCCACAGACGGCGCAUCUCCAUGUAUAAAAUGGAUUACUCCUAUCUGAACUCCUAUGACUCCUGCAUGGCGGCCAUGGAAGCCUCGGCCUAUGCGGACUUCAGCUCGUGCAGCCAGGCCGGCUCCUUCCAGUACAACCCGAUCCGGAGCGGCCCGUUCUCCAACCCGGGCUGCGCUCCGCUCAGCUCCGCCAGCUGCACCCUGGGAGCCCUGAGGGAGCACCAGCCGGCUCCUUACUCCUCAGUCCCUUACAAGUUCUUCUCAGACCCCUCCGGCCUGAACGAAAAGAGGAAGCAGCGGCGUAUCCGGACCACCUUUACCAGCUCCCAGCUGAAGGAGCUGGAGCGGGUCUUUGCUGAAACACACUACCCAGACAUCUACACCCGAGAGGAGCUGGCACUAAAGAUAGACCUGACUGAGGCGCGGGUCCAGGUGUGGUUUCAGAACAGGCGUGCCAAAUUUCGUAAGCAGGAACGAGCAGCCAACGCCAAAGCCAACAACUCCGGCGGUGCCACAGGCAACACCACCAAUGGUAGCUCUGGAGGGAAGAAAGGCGGAGAGCCAAGAUCUUCCUCUGAUGAUGAUGAGUCCAAAGAAUCCACUUGCAGCCCGACACCCGACAGCACAGCCUCCCUGCCAGGGUCAGCUAACGGAAACCUGGGCAGCCCUGCCAGUCUGAGCCCCAGUCCUGCUCCUGUCAACAGCGGCUAUGUGAAUACCUCCAGCUCUCCAGUUCUUCAAGGGCUGAAGCCUCCUAGCUGGUCCAGCCUGGGACCAUCCAACCCAGCUGUGGCCCAGCCUGCUGCCCAGACUCAGGAGAUUCUGAAGGCCUGGCAGCCGGCGGACAGUAUGACCGGGCCCUUUGCUGGUGUCCUGUCUUCGUUCCACAGAAAACCUAACCCAACCAUCAAGACGAAUCUGUUCUGAAGCACAGACAGAGAGAGCAAAGCAUUAGAGACGUUUGUGGUCUGCUGAAAGAGUAAGGACUUUCUUUUCCUGAGAGUCAUGACUUGACUCUUUAUAAACCCGAGUUCAAUGAUGCCCUCGAUCCUCCUCUAAAAACUCUCCCUUCAAAAUUAAUUUAAAUCUAACACAGAUUACCCAAAGCAAGCAACAACAAAAACAACUUUAAAAUAUAACUGUGCAUGUUCUGCACUCAAGAUGCUGCUGGAAUAUUUUUCUUUCCUCCAGUGACUAAAACACACUACAGUUUCACCAUCUAAUUAGAGAAAUCUCAACGUUCAGUCUCUGCAACUACUAAAUAAAUCAAACUAUGAAAAAGA